AGGUGAAAAAGUGAACAGAUGAGAUGGACAGCUUCUUUCCUGGCAGCAAUGCAAACAGAUAUUGCGGCAUUCAUUUGCAUGAGGAGGACUCAGGACUGACUAUUGCCUGAAAGGAGAGGUUCAAGCGACUGGAAAACCCCAAACGAGGUGGCUAUAACCAGGAGGAUGCAAGGAGGACCUGGACAUAUUCAUCAAAUGAAUCAGAAUGUGUUUGGAUACCUGACCUGAUCAGACAGCAAACGCUUGCUCCUGCUGAGUGUUCCUCCGGCGCUCAGACUGUGAAUGUGUGGCCAGGAGGUUUUUCUGAGGGACCAUAUGGCACUAUAUACCACAAAAUAGGUUCCCUUUAAUGAGGUAACAUGGACAAAGUGGUCAUCUGCCUCCUGAUUCUGGGAACCGCUAUGACAAUGGUCCAUGCAUGUCCCAAAUACUGCGUCUGCCAGAACCUCUCAGAGUCUCUGGGGACUUUGUGCCCCUCCAAAGGUCUGCUCUUUGUGCCACCGGACAUCGACAGAAGAACUGUAGAGCUCCGGUUGGGUGGCAACUUCAUUCUUAAGGUCACCACUCAGGACUUUGCCAACAUGACCGGCCUGGUGGAUCUCACUUUGUCCCGCAACACUAUUAGCAGCAUCCAGCCCUUUUCUUUUAUUGAUCUGGAGACCUUAAGGUCCCUGCACCUUGACAGCAACCGGCUGACUGAACUGGGAGCAGAUGACCUAAGAGGACUAAUCAAUCUGCAGCACCUGAUCCUCAACAACAAUCAGCUCAAUGAAAUUUCAGAUUCAGCUUUCGAUGAUUUAUUGCUAACAUUAGAGGAUCUGGAUUUGUCUUACAACAACCUGCGCAGUGUGCCUUGGGAGGCCAUUCGUAAAAUGGUAAACCUGCAUCAGAUGAGUUUGGACCAUAACCUCAUCUCCUUUAUUGCUGAAGGGACUUUUACAGACCUUGAGAAACUGGCUCGGCUGGAUCUGACUUCCAACCGUCUCCAGAAGCUCCCUCCGGACCCCAUCUUUGCACGCUCCCAGACCAGUAUGUUAAUGAGCACUCCUUAUGCACCUCAACUCUCUUUGAGCUUCGGCGGAAACCCUCUGCACUGUAACUGUGAGGUACUGUGGCUGCGAAGGCUGGACCGUGACGACGAUAUGGAAACUUGUGCCUCUCCAGCCAGUCUAAAGGGGCGCUACUUCUGGUCUGUUCGGGAGGAGGAAUUUGUCUGCGAACCUCCACUGAUCACUCAACAUACUCAUAGGCUGCUAGUGCUGGAGGGCCAAACAGCUAGCUUACGUUGCAAAGCAGUUGGAGAUCCAAUGCCAACUGUGCACUGGGUUGCUCCAGAUGAUCGAUUGAUCGGCAACUCCUCAAGAGCAACUGUUUAUGAAAAUGGCACCCUUGAUAUAGCAGUCACCACAUCCAAAGACUAUGGCAUUUUCACUUGCAUUGCUGCUAACGCUGCUGGGGAGUCUACAGCCUCUAUCGAGCUAUCAAUCAUUCAACUACCCCACAUAACUAACAGUACCAAUCGUACAACACUGCCAAAAUCAGGACUUUCAGACAUCACAAGCUCUACUAAAAUAAGCAAAGGCGAACCAAAGCCUCUUCCAGAAAAGGUUGUGUCCGUAUCUGAAGUGACCGCCGCGUCAGCUUUGGUGAAGUGGACUGUAAGCAAAUCAACUCCAAAGGUCAAAAUGUUUCAACUGCAGUACAACUGUUCCGACGAUGAAGUCCUCAUUUACAGGAUGAUUCCUCGGACUCACCGGGCCUUUGUUGUCACUAAUUUGAUGCCUGGAAUGCAGUACGACCUGUGCGUCCUGGCCAUCUGGGACGACACAGCAACCACUCUCACUGCUACCAACAUUGUUGGAUGUGUCCAGUUCAUCACUACGGACGAUUACCCGCAGUGCCAAUCUCUGCAUAGUGGCUUUAUGGGGGGCACCAUGAUUCUGGUCAUCGGGGGCAUUAUUGUUUCCAUUUUGCUGGUCUUCAUCAUCAUUCUAAUGGUUCGUUAUAAGGUCACCAGUGGAAUUCAAACCAGUAAAUUACCCACUGUGAGUAACACAUACUCCCAGACUAAUGGGGGUGUGAACAGGUUCAAUGGAGCCCCACCGCAGGUCAAGUCCACAGUGGUGGUCAUGCGUGAGGAAAUGCUGGAGUUCAAGUGUGGAUCUCUUCAGAGCAGCCUUUCUUCAUCCUCAUCCUCCUCUAACUCGUUGGACAGCCAAACAGGAAGAGAAGCAGCUGACCGCUAUAACGUUCAGAGCAAUGAAUUCACCACCCUGCCAAGCAGCAAGUUUAGACGACACGUGCAUGGCACCAAGGCACGGCAAAGCCUCGACCACCUUUUAGGAGCCUUUACCUCACUAGAGCUGCGAGGCGCAGCAAAGGAGCACCCGGGUGCUUCUGCCUCGUGCUCCUCUGCUGCUCCCAAUGCCAUGACCACAGUGGCUGUGGCCCCACCAUCUGAUAAAGAACCCCUGCUUGGGAGGGCGGAGUCCACAACAAUGCUGGGACGCCUACUUGGGUAUCCCCAAGAGGCAAAACCCAAGAGGAGUCACUCAUUUGACAUGGGGCAUGUUGGAGCUGCACAGUGCCGCAGCAACCAGCCACGGAGGAUCAGCAACAUCUGGACUAAACGCAGCCUGUCUGUUAACGGCAUGCUUCUGCAGUUUGAAGACAGUGAGGAGGAGAAGCCUUCUUUUGAGAGCUCUGAAUGGGUAAUGGAGAGCACAGUCUGACUCUUUGACCAAAUUAUAGAUCUAUAUUAAAAACUUAAGAAACAUGAACACAGAGGGAUGUUCUCGAUGAAGUUCAUCCAUGUGAAUAUUGUUUAAACGAUUAUGUGAAAAAAAACAAAAGAUACAUAAGAUCAGAACUCUCAAUAUUUGAAAUAUGUUUGAAUCGACUGGAGAAAUGAUUUGUAUGGACAGAGAGAUAUUUGAACUGGAUUUACGUCUCAAAAGGAACUAUUCAAAGAUUUGCCUCACCUGUGAUAACCUAGAUCACAUGUUGCAGAUUGAACAUGGAAAUACUCCAGCUUUAUGAAGAAGGGGACCACAGGAGUUAGUAUAGUAGAAGAUUAAUACAAAAUCAUUUUUAUUUUCUUCUGGUUUAUUUUUUUUACCAUUUUUACUAUUUAUUUUUUCAGGUGAUUCAUCAGAAGACAGACUCACCUUGGAACAUUAAAAACAGGUUUACACAGGAUGUACCAACUCUCAUGUUGCCAUUUUAUAACUUUUCUUCUCAGAAAUUCCUUAAGUUAUGCAUAAGGUGAGUGUG